AUGACUUACUUAUUCACUCCGCACAUCCUGACUGGUUUCACGACAUACCCAACCUCUGACGUGCCUACACUCGCCCUCGUCAGACUCGACGACAAGCAAUUGGGAGUCCAUCGAGUUUCCUCGAAUACUAGCCAUAAUCUCGUCGUCCCUCCUGUCCCCGUGCCUGGGGGAGACUCUACGACGCAAUCAUGGGAGGCGUUCUUCCCAGCUGGGAGCAUCAAUCCCGGGAACAAGACCAGCCCCCCCGGAGGUUUCGGCUUUUACCUCCAAGGCCCUCCUCCGUUCGCGGAAGUUAUGAAGCAGCUGCCCGAUUCUGCUGAGAUUGUAUUCACCUACAGCGUUCUCUUCGAAGACGGGUUCCAAUUUGCGAAGGGCGGGAAGCUACCGGGAAUCUACGGUGGUGCUGGAGAAUUCGCAUACGGGUGCACCGGUGGGAGGCAGACGGAUCGCUGCAAGUGCUUCAACCUGCGACUGAUGUGGCGGGAGGAUGGAAUUGGCGAAUUGUACGCGUACCUGCCCCAUGUGGAACAAAACAGGCGGCGCCUCUUACUCGUCCCCCCGACGUCGAUCCAGCAUCCAGAUUACGGCUUCUCUGUCGGCCGCGGCGCGUUCAGGUUCGUCUCCGGGCGCUGGACGCGAGUCACCCAGCGCGUGAAGAUGAACAAUGUCUCACAAGAGAAUGGCGAGAUUGAGAUCUACAUCGAUGGCCAGUCUGUUCUGCUUGCGACCGGACUGGUUUUGCGCACCGAAGCAGGACCGGACGGACGUGUGCAAGGGCUACACAUGCAAACGUUUUUCGGCGGUCAUUCACCAGAUUGGGCAUCACCGAAGGACCAACGAAUCUGGUUUGCGAACAUUUCGGGUGCCGUCGUAGGGCCAAUUGGCCAUGACGAGGUUUGA